GCACUGCUCGCGGGUUUGUUUCCGGCCGGAGGCUUUCGCGGAGCGCCCCGCGUCCCCGGGGGGCGGCGGUGACUCCCGAGGCUGCAAAGGCACCCGGGGGUUCAGAAGUCAACGCCAUGUCGAGUCUGCACAAGAGCCGGAUUGCAGAUUUCCAGGAUGUCCUGAAGGAGCCCUCAAUUGCUUUGGAAAAGCUUCGGGAACUCAGUUUUAGUGGCAUUCCCUUUGAGGGCGGACUGCGGUGCCUCUGCUGGAAGAUCCUCUUGAACUACCUCCCCUUGGAGAGAGCUUCAUGGACCUCCAUCCUGGCCAAACAGAGGGAGCUGUACUCUCAGUUCCUGAGGGAAAUGAUCAUCCAGCCUGGCAUUGCCAAGGCCAACUUGGGGGUAUCCAGGGAAGACGUGACCUUUGAGGACCACCCCCUCAACCCCAACCCCGACAGCAGGUGGAACACUUACUUCAGGGACAAUGAAGUGCUGCUGCAGAUCGACAAGGAUGUCCGGAGGCUGUGUCCAGAUAUGUCCUUCUUCCAGAGGGCCACAGAGUACCCCUGCCUCCUCAUCCUGGACCCCCAGAAUGAAUUUGAGACCCUUCGUAAGCGUGUUGAACAGACAACGCUGAAAUCCCAGACAGUGGCCCGGAACCGGAGUGGAGUCACAAAUAUGAGCUCCCCGCACAAGAAUCCCGCGCCGGCCCUGAACGAGUACGCAGUGCUGCCCAACGGCUGUGAAGCUCACUGGGAGGUGGUGGAGCGGAUCUUGUUCAUCUACGCCAAGCUCAACCCCGGCAUCGCGUACGUGCAGGGCAUGAACGAGAUCGUGGGGCCUCUCUACUACACCUUUGCCACUGACCCCAACAGUGAGUGGAAAGAGCACGCCGAGGCGGACACCUUCUUCUGCUUCACCAACCUCAUGGCCGAGAUCCGGGACAACUUCAUCAAGAGCCUGGAUGACUCACAGUGCGGCAUCACCUACAAGAUGGAGAAGGUGUACUCCACCUUGAAGGAGAAGGACAUGGAGCUCUACCUGAAACUGCAAGAGCAGAACAUCAAGCCCCAGUUCUUUGCCUUCCGCUGGCUGACGCUGCUGCUGUCCCAGGAGUUCCUGCUGCCCGAUGUCAUCCGCAUCUGGGACUCUCUCUUCGCUGACGACAACCGCUUUGACUUCCUCCUCCUGGUGUGCUGUGCCAUGCUCAUACUGAUCCGGGAGCAGCUCCUGGAAGGGGAUUUCACGGUCAACAUGCGGCUCCUGCAGGAUUACCCCAUCACGGACGUCUGCCAGAUCCUACAGAAAGCCAAGGAGCUCCAAGACUCAAAGUAGCCUUGCAGCAAGAGGCCUGGCUUGGGGAGGGCAGUUCCCCACCUGGCUUCCAGGACCACCAGCCUGGGGGAGGCUGCAGGCUCAGCCUGGCUCCCAGGCACACCGCUGGGCGGCACUGCACUGUGCUUCAUCCCAGCCACGCAGCCCUGCUGCCUCCCUGCCCUUCAGCCGUGCGCCAUCUUCCCAGGCUGUUGAACAGGGCUCCAGGGCCCAAACGGGCUGUGCCAUUUGGGGCACCGGAGGGCUGGCAGGGGUCCCUCCUGCCUCUGCCCCUCUGCUCUUCCUACUUCCGGCCUUCUGGGCACUGGUCAGCUGGUGUGCUAGGCAAAUGGGCCAGAUACCACGUUGGGCUUGGUGCUCAGGCCUCCCUUCGGGGAAGCCACACCGAAGGAGCCCAGUGACUGCCAGGCCCACGUCCCCCCUCUGCCCCUCCCACCGAGAGUGGCAUGUGUGUCCCCUAGGCGUCUCUGCUUGUCUUUGUGUGUUAGGGGUGGGGUGAGGACCCCAAAGAUAUUGGGGUCCCUGUAGGUCCCUGCUCCCCCUUCUCUGGCUCUCUACCUCUGUCCCUCCCACCUCUUUCUAGAGUGUGAGUGUUACUCUUGCUGUAUCUUCCAUACUCGCUGCUCUCUUGGGGUGCCUUAUCCUGAGCCUCCUGAACUCUCCUCCCCUUUGCUCCCACGAAGCCAGAAGGUAGAAGGUGGAGUCUGGCUCACCAAGGCUCCUGGAGGUCAACUUUGGCCUUGGCGUCCUGUUCCCAUCCCCCAGCCUGAGACUCCCAGGUUCCCCAGGCUGGGAGAGAAUUCUCGGGGUGUCACCAGAGGGCCCUGGUCCUGUUCCCCGUGACAGAAAUCUUGGAAACCAAAAGCUGCCGGAAAGCUGUGGCCUGAGAAGCUUUGCUCCCCAUGCCGGUUCUGUGUAAGAACGGAGGGAGCGUGGGCUCCUGGGAGCGUUCCCAGUGGCCUUUGUGUCUCGGAGAACAAGGUUAUUAAGGCCAUUCUGGGCCAGGCAUGCGGGACCUGGGGAGCCCCCGAGGUCCAGGCAUAGCUGACCCCGGCUAGCUAGCCUGGGUCCUGUCAGUGCCUGGAGACCAUGUCUGUACCUGGUGCCCCUCACUUCCACCAAGGCAGAGAGAUGUGCUGGCCCAUUCUUGGCCACCUCUGCUUGGCUCUGCCCAGGAAUUAUAAUGGACAGGUGCACCUGCACAGGUGCCGCUGGGCACUCUUGGCUCUUCAAGGAAUGGGUUCUUCUAACCACACUGUCUCUCCUUUGUUGAGGGGGUAAUGGAGCAAGGGUCCUCACCACCUCACACUGGCCAGCAGGAGCUGGACCUCAGUAGGCUUUCCUGAGCUGGUAGCAGGUCCUCCACUGCCCCCAGGCCUUUGUGUGGGCUUUGAGUAGACACUUCUGGGGCUUGAUGGCCUGCCUUUGUCAGCCCUCAGCACAGCACUGGGAUGUUUUGUUUACUAUUUAUUCAGACUCCUGGCUAAGAAUUGCACAUUAGCAAGUGCUUUGGAGAUUGGGGGUGGUGCCUGGUUUUAUUUCCCAGGGUCUACAGCCCAUCCUCAGCCUGGGGGGCCUCCCCUCUCAGCAGAUCCUGGCUGACAGAACAAGAAUGCAGUGUUGGGAACACCAGAGCUGGUGUCCUUAGCCAUGGGCAGACACUCCCGCCAUCUGGUCAACCCUCAACCCAGAACCUGACCCCUUCAUACCUGAGGCCUGGGCCACUACCUGGGACCCAACAGACACUGCCCAGGAUGCCUGAUUCCUCUUGCCUUCCCCGCCUUCCUUCCUGAGGUUAUACUACUUGAAUCACUGCUUCUGAUUUGCCUUGUCCUUGAGGUGAAGGUUGCAAGCACAGGGACCACGUCUUGGUUAGGCUGAGCUCCCCUGGGGGUGCUGCCUGAGGACAGAACCUGCCCUCCAUUCUGCUCCAGCUUCUCCAGCGAGGGCUACGAAGUUGGGAUGCCGUUAGCUUCCAUGGGGGAAGCCGCCCCAGGACUACAGACACAGAGAUGGGGCUGUGGGAGGCCCGCAGGCCGCCGUCCAGAGGGCCAGCAUGUUAGUCUGCUUUAGGUUUUUCAUCUGUUUUGUUCUUUGAAUCAGUGCUGUUGAUGAGUUGUCUUUAAUAAAUCAUGUGUUCUUUGCAAUG